AUGGUUGGUUUGAGGCAAUCUGCAGUUCGUGGUUUUGAGGAUGUGUCAGGGCUUUGGGUGGGGCAACUUAUGGCACAUGGCCUGGUGUUCCAUGACAAGAUGACUGAUUCCUACAUUCUCUCCUUUGGGUUUUACGAGUAUGCUGGGAUGUCAUGGGAGCUGAAAGCUUUGCCGGAGGACGGAAAUUACUUCCAGGUUUCUGAGAAAGAGAUGGAUCCACACGAAAGCCGAGUCCGUUUGCAGUUUUUCACGACGAGCCGUGUUUGGAGCCCUGCUGACGCCGUGUGCGAAGAGGAGUUUUCUGGGGUACCCACUGAAGUCUGCUGCCCGUGGCAACUACCGCCAACUUUGCAAAGCAAAGGCAUUUUGAUACGCAGAACUGGUGAGGAUGAGUUCUGCCUCAUUGGAGGGUUCUUUCCUGAGUUGAAUGAAGAUGGGAAAAACAAACUAUUGGAAAAAUGGUGCAACACCCAACAAGAACGCGGCGCACAAAUUGCAUCUUCGGAGUUUUGUGCCAGCUACAUGAAAGAUGUUUUGAGCAGCCUUGAGCAUGAAGCUGACUUCAACCAGUUUUCCGACAUGAAAGCGCACGUGGAUGACAUGGCCCGUCGAGAGUACAUUUUGAGCAGAGUUGGUCAUGCAAAAGCUGUGGCUGAAAACUUUACCCCAAAGGCAAUCAAGAAUCUUCGUCCAGAUGUAGCUGGUUGCGUGCUGGCUUGGCAAUACUCUGUGGGAUGCUUUCAAGGUUACUACCCCAUUUCAGAGAUCAAGCCGGUGAAAGAGGGAUCCAAAAGAAAACCCAAAACCCACUACUCUCGAAGCAGGAGCUACAACCAGAAACGAACGAAAGUUGUUGCAUUGCUGGAAAUCGUGAAAUGGAUGUGGGCCUUGCACAAGGAGAACGGUAAGAAAAAAGCUGCUGCCAAAACCACCGCGAAAGGCAGGGGGAAGGGAAAGAAGGGCAAGGGGAAAGCCAGCUCAAAGAAAGAUGAGGUGCUGCCUGUGCGCAAGGUCUGCCGUCUGCUGCCACCUCAGGAACUGAAGCACCUGCUGCAGAGCGCGCAAAGCAUCGCGCCAGGUGAAAAUGGCUGUGUGCCACGUGAUUAUGCCUCGGUGCAACGGGUCGCAGAGUGGAGGAGACGCGCACUGCAUGCAGCCUCCAGGUCCAGUGACGAUCAAGGAGAUCCCACAGUUAUCGGAGCCGGAGCCUUGGGAGCCUUGGGAGCCUUCGAAUGA